UUAAACUAGAAGCUGAUAAAAUUGGCACUCAAGGAGAAAAGAUUGGUAUUGAAGAAGGUAUCAAAAGUACUUCUAAAAAAAAAGGCGAAAAGCAAGCCGAAAAGAAACGAUUAGAAAAUCAAAAAGCAAGUUUAGAACAAAUGCGUGAUGAUGCUAAAUUACAAUCUAUUACCGAAAUAGAAAACUUAAUUGAUAGCAUUUGUGGUGCUGGAAUAGGUUCUAAAUUGUAUACUAUUUACGAAAUUCAGCGAAUGAAAUUUAAUAUUGCUAAUUUAAAAAAAAAAUGUGCUGAGCAAUCACAAGAUGUAAAAUCCAAGUAUAUCACUAUGGAGAGUGAUAUAAAGACCGAAAUAGAAGAUAAAUUAGCUGGACCAGUUAUAAAAAUAAAAGAAUUUGAAGAUUUGGGAAAAGAUAUGGAUGAAAGAAUUGCCAGAGCAGCAGAGUUGGAGAAAUUAAUCACUUACAAGGAAGCAUUUGAGGAGACGGCUAAAAUUCGUCAAUUAGAUGAGCAGGAAAAACUAGAACUACAAGCGAUUAAGGAUAAAAUAGCGGGCAAAUAUAUUCCUAAAAAAGAUGACAAAAGCUCAAAUAUUACCCUAUCUGAGUUUCAAUCAAUGCCUGUUUUUGCUAACGCUGAUCAAUCCUUGCUAGAUAAAUGGAUGAAUCUGGACAAAGCCAACGGCAAGUACAAGAAAAAGGCAGCAAUUGAAGAAUUAGUUAACCGAGUUAUUGGAGAUACUACUAAAAAAGGCAAGUUCGUUGAGCAUAUCAAAAAUGACAGCAAUGCUACGGGUGCCAAUUUUAUCAGCUUCUAG